AAAUUUAUUUUAGCAUUAAAAUUUUAAAUAAUUAUGUCAAAAAUGGAAAAGUAUUUAAAGAAUAAUAAAGAUGAAGCAGUUUUACUUAAUAUACGUGAGGCUGUUUUUAAAAGAACCACAAAUUCUAUGGAAAAUUUUAUAGAAAUUGAUGGGUAUGAUUUUAACAAGGGUAUCGAUUAUGAUGGCAUAUUUAAGUCAUUUUUCAAAACUGGAUUUCAAGCUACCAACUUUGGAUUGGCCAUCAGCGAAAUCAAUAAAAUGAUUGAGUGCCGAGAAUUUAAACAAUUACACAAAGCGGAUCCUGCCGCGGAAGAUUUCAUAACCGAAUCCUUUGACGAUUAUUACCACGCUUGUGGGUGUGGCUCUAGCAAACCCGUCUCUAGGAAAUGCAUCAUAUUUCUCAGCUUCACCUCGAACCUCGUGUCUUGUGGAAUACGUGACAUUAUAAGAUACUUGGUGCAACAUCAUAUGGUGGACGUGUUGGUAACAACAGCAGGUGGUGUAGAAGAAGAUUUGAUAAAAUGCCUGGCCCCGACUUAUUUAGGCGAUUUUGAUCUGCCUGGCAAGGAACUCAGAGCUCAGGGUCUCAACAGAACUGGCAACCUUCUGGUACCUAAUGAAAACUAUUGCAAAUUUGAGGAUUGGAUCAUGCCCAUCUUAGAUAUUAUGCUCAAUGAACAAAUCAACCAGGGUACGAACUGGACCCCAUCCAGAAUGAUUUCUAGAUUCGGGCACGAAAUCAAUGAUGUCCAUUCCAUCUAUUAUUGGGCCCAUAAAAACAAUAUACCCGUAUUUUGCCCCGCUCUCACCGAUGGUUCUUUGGGCGAUAUGCUUUAUUUUCAUGCUUACAAAAAUCCAGGGCUCAAAUUGGAUAUCAUAGAAGACGUUAAACGGGUAAACAAUGUAGCAGUUCGGGGCGCCUCAUCAACAGGUGUUCUUAUCCUAGGGGGUGGUUUAGUCAAGCACCAUGUACUCAACGCUAACAUGAUGAGGAACGGAGCCGAUUUUUCUGUCUAUAUCAAUUCGAAUCAGGAGUUCGAUGGGUCUGACGCGGGGGCAGAUCCUGGCGAGGCUCUCUCGUGGGGGAAGAUACGCGGUUUCGACCAACCUGUCAAAGUAUUCGCCGAGGCCUCGCUCAUCUUUCCCUUUCUCGUGGCGGCGACCUUCGCCAAGAAACAAGAGGCGGACAUGCAGCAUCUUCGAGCUAAGGAGCAAGUUAUUGAUGGUGACGUUUGUCAAAAUGGAGGUCAUUAAUGGAGAAAAUUGCCUUCAUUUUCAAGUGCUCAAGGAUUGUUAUAUUUAGAUAUUUUUUUAAAAUAUCUACGAAUUAUAUAUUUUUCUUCAAAAUCAACGAUCUAAAUUUAUUCUUCAAUAUUAUACGUUACAAUGCAUUUAUGUUAAACUAUAUCAUUGUUAUGAAUACAUUU